AUGGCGACUGUAUUUGAUAGUCCAUUUAUUCGACAACGUUUACAUCGGCUACGGCACCGUGAUUUCGAAUUAGAUGAAGAUCAAAGAUUUGGGCGAUGUGAUUGUACCAGCUAUUCCUACUUCGUUCUUUCCAUGGUUUUAUUUUCAGUAGGUACAGUUAUUACUGUGCUUGCUCUUGGUGUGGCUGACGGAUAUAUUUUGAGUAAUUUAGGACAUAUGUGGCUCGUCGGACCUAUAUUCAUAUGUUCAGGUAUGAUGGUUGCUGUAAAAAGCAUGCUAUAUCUACGGAGAAAAAGUGUUAUUCAAAUGCUCCUUCAUCAGCGUGCGAUUAUCAGGGACAUGGCAAGUAUUCAAGCAGAAUAUAGUGGUCAAAUUCCUAGAACAGCAUCCAGUGCAACCUUGCCACCAUCAUAUGAUGCACUCAUUGCAAAUGCUGCAACAAGCAAACCUCAACCAUCAAGUUCUGACCCCCCUCCACCCACCUAUGAUGAAGCUUUAUACUUGAUAGGUGAAGAAAAAUUUCAUAUUGAUAACAAUAUUGAUGCUAAAGAUGAAACUAGUAACCAAACAAAUGCUACAGAAGACAUUAAGCCUUAA